UGGAAGCCCAUCCUCCUGUAGGACCACAGACCUCGGUUGAGGGCGGCAUGGGACGCCCCCGUGUGGCCGAAGGCCGCGGAGGGCAAGAUGGCGGCGGUCCCGAGCGCCGCCUCUUCCGCCCUGCCGGGCGUCGCACGAGGCCGGCUUGAAGGGGAAGUGAGUCAGUGUUCGCGGACCCGGCCGGCUUAGGCCCGCGCCCGCCGAGGCCCCAAGAGGCCCCGGCCCGGCGGCGGCAGCAGCCAUGGCCGGGGGGCCGGGCCCCGGGGAGCCUGUGGUUCCCGGCGCCCAGCACUUCUUGUACGAGGUGCCACCCUGGGUUAUGUGCCGCUUCUACAAAGUGAUGGACGCCCUGGAGCCCGCCGACUGGUGCCAGUUCGCGGCCUUGAUUGUGCGGGACCAGACAGAGCUGCGGCUGUGUGAGCGCGCAGAGCAGCGCACAGCUAGCGUCCUGUGGCCCUGGAUCAACCGCAACGCGCGCGUGGCUGACCUCGUUCACAUCCUCACGCACCUGCAGCUGCUGCGUGCGCGGGACAUCAUCACAGCCUGGCACCCUCCUGCCUCUGUUCUACCCCCAAGCACCGCUGCUCCAAGGCCCAGCAGCAUCUCUGCAGGCUCCGAGGCUGAGGACUGGGGCCCCCAGAAACUGCAGUCCUCUUCCUCCACCUUCCUCUCCCCAGCUUUUCCAGGCUCCCAGACCUAUUCUGAGCUAGAGUUCCUCCCGGUUCCAGUCCCUGCUUCCUUCAAGCCACCACUGCCAUCUUCAGUCCCUUCCUCUACCAAGCCAAGCCCAGAGAGCCCAGUGUCUGGCCCUGGCCUCCAAAGGACACAUCCCUCCCCAUUUUGCUGGCCCUUCUGUGAGAUUUCCCAAGGCACCUGCAACUUCUCUGAAGAGCUCAGGAUUGGAGAGGGUGGUUUUGGGUGUGUCUACCGGGCAGUAAUGAGAAAUACCACAUAUGCUGUGAAGAGACUGAAGGAGGAGGCUGACCUAGAGUGGACUGUGGUGAAACAGAGCUUCCUAACAGAGGUGGAGCAGCUGUCAAGGUUUCGUCACCCAAAUAUCGUGGACUUUGCUGGCUACUGUGCAGAAAGUGGCUUCUACUGCCUUGUUUAUGGCUUCCUGCCCAAUGGCUCCUUGGAGGAUCAACUCCACCUUCAGACCCAGGCCUGCUCCCCACUCUCCUGGCCUCAACGACUGGACAUUCUUCUGGGCACAGCCCGGGCUAUUCAGUUUUUACAUCAGGACAGCCCCAGCCUCAUCCAUGGAGACAUCAAGAGUUCUAAUGUGCUUCUGGAUGAAAGACUGAUGCCCAAGCUGGGAGAUUUUGGCCUGGCUCGUUUCAGCCGCUUUGCAGGGGCCAACCCAAGCCAGAGCAGUACUGUAGCCCGGACUUGCACAGUACGGGGUACCCUCGCCUACCUGCCUGAGGAGUACAUCAAGACAGGCCGGCUGGCUGUGGACACGGAUACCUUCAGCUUUGGGGUGGUAAUACUGGAGACCCUUGCUGGCCAGAGGGCUGUGAGGACACAAGGUACCAGGACCAAGUAUCUGAAAGACCUGAUUGAAGAUGAGGCUGAAGAGGCUGGAGUGGCCCUGAAAAGCACCCACCCCACUCUACAGGUGGGUGUGGCCACAGAUGCUUGGGCUGCUCCAAUCGCUGCCCAGAUCUAUAAGAAGCACCUGGACUCCAGACCUGGACCCUGCCCACCACAAUUGGGCCUGGCCCUGGCUCAACUAGCUUGUUGCUGCAUGCACCGUCGGGCCAAGAAGAGGCCCCCCAUGACCCAGGUGUACAAGAGGCUAGAGGGGCUACAGGCAGGGCCUCCUUGGGAGCUAGAGGUUGCUGGCCAUGGCCCCCCUUCCCCACAGGAGAACUCCUACAUGUCCACCACUGGCUGUGUCCAGAGUGGGGGUGAACCAUGGCAGCCUCUGGUAGUGCCCACAAGAGCCCCAGACCAAACUGCCCAGCAACUCCAGAAAAGCCCUAACCAGCCAGUGGAGAGUGAUGAGAGUGUUCCCGGCCUAUCUGCUGCCCUGCACUCUUGGCACUUGACUCCAGAUUGCCACCCAAGCCCAUCGUCCUUCAGGGAGGCUGGCUGUACCCAGGGGAGUACCACUAGAGAAUCAAGUUUGAGGAGUGGCCCAGGCUUCCAGCCCACAACCACGGAAGGCACAUCCAUGAGCAGCUCUUCCUCACUGUCAUCAGAGCCACCACAGAUCAUCAUCAACCCAGCCCGACAGAAGAUGGUACAGAAGCUGGCCCUGUAUGAGGAGGGAGUCUUGGAUAGUCUGCAGCUGCUGUCAUCAGGCUCUUUCCCAGGCUUGGAUUUAGAACCUAAAAACAGACAGGGGCCUGAAGAAAGUGACGAAUUUCAGAGCUGAUUUAUUCACCCAGGCAAAUCCCUCAGACUCAGAUGUCAAAGUUCUCAUGGUUGGAAGUUCUCAUGAUGUGCAACCUCCUCAGUAGUCCAAAGGCAUCAGGUGUGGGGCCUACCCUGGCGAAGGAGAAAGAGUGGUGGACCUGCUGUUCUCAGGGUGUGAGCACAGGCAGGGCCAACUGAAGAGCCUGCUAGAAGCUGAUAGGGCAGGCCAGCAUUUGGGAGCAAGGCAAGCAGAGCAGGCAAGGGUGGGGUAGUACAUGACUGAAGACUGGUAGUUACACAGGCCCCAUGGAGGCAAGUGGGGCUAUUUGAAUGGUGGGAGCUGGCUCCCUUGAGAGCUAGAUAAGAUAUCUGCAACCCAGGCCUGCAAUAACUGUUAGUCCAUCCCUCUGAACUUCCCUAGAGCCCCAAGAGAAAGUAGCUAUUGUGCUUGUAAAUUGCAAAAAUGAGUGUCUUACAGUUCAGUCCACUAGCUGGAAGUGAGCACUCUGAGAAUCUCCCAAGAGUCCAGUAGAACCCCCUCCCAAUCUCGGGUGGGUAUAUGCUGGCCUUACCAGAUACCUGUGAGCUAGUUUCAUGUGAUUGCCUACUAGGCAGGUUAUCCUAAGACCCUGCAGGUGAGCUGUGGGUGCCCCAGAUUGAGCUGUAGACCAAGGUACUGGUUGUGGCAGAAAGGUCUAGCAAAGCCAAGCUUUGUGGUACCCAGACAAUGAGAAGCCCCAAAAAGCAGAAACUGAGAGCAAAGCAGAAAGUAUUUGAGGAGGGAGGAAGGCUCCAUUUUAAGAAGCAAGUUUUUGUGUCACCAAGUGUCUUCAAAAGUAACCCAGGGUUAUAGCCCAGGCUUACAGUGAUUCUGUGUUUGAGUCACAAGUCACACUACAUGCCCCUGUGAAGGACUGGUAACAUCCAAUUUGUCCUUGAGUAAUAAAAGUGUGCAUUUCACUGUCUGGUUAAACUUGUAGUUUGUUGCACUAAAAGCUUUGUGCUUUUCUAAUUCUUUGGUUCUUGGGUAUCCAGCCAAAACUCAGGCCCCGAGCAUCUUUUCCAUUCUCUUGCCACACCCAGACUGGGGUAGAUCCUCAGUGCUGCUACCCUUGCUUUCAUGUGCCAUUAAGUUUUUUCCUAUAGAUAUUAAUGCUAUUAGGAAUGGUAUUAAUGCUAUUAGAAAUGAAACUUUCAUGUUCUUAAUUAUUCAUCAAUUAUAUAUAAAAAUAUAAUUAAGUUUUGCCUCUGAUCUUUAUUCUGUGACCUUACUUAAAUGCACUUACUAGUUCCACUUGUUUGGGGAUGACUAUUCUGGGAUAGAGUGUAUACAAUCUUCCCAUCUAAAAAUAAAGACAAUUUUACUUCUUCUUUGCCAACCUA